AUGUCUAACCCAUUUGACUUGCUAGGAAACGACGUCGAGGACGCCAAUGUUGUCGCUCCUCUUCCUCCAAAGGAGCUCGUGAAGAAGAACACUUCUUCUAAGAAGGCCGAUGUUCCUCCUCCAUCCGCCGACCCAUCUAAAGCCAAGAACAGACCUAAGCCAACCGGCAACGAGGGUGCCUUGAGAAACAGAGACAACGGCAGAAAGAACAACAGAACCAGAGACGCUCCAGCCGAGACCACCGGCGCCAAGAGAUCCACCCACGCCGCCAGAAGAGCAACCGACCGUCAAUCUAGAUCCGGUAAGGUUGACACUGAGAAGAAAGUCAGACAAGGCUGGGGUGACGACAAGAAGGAGUUGUCCGACGAGGCUGCUGCUGAGUUGGACGCCCAGGCCGAGAUUGAGGCCGACAAGGCCUCUGAGGAGGCUCCAGCUGCUAACAAGAAGUCCUUGCAGGACUACUUGAACGAGGUCAACAACAACUCCCUCAACAAGACCCCAGCCCCAAAGAAGAGCGUCGACCAAUUGGAGGACGCCGAGCUGUUGGUCAAGAAGGAGGAGGUCUACGCCGAGCCAACUAAGGUCAAGAACGUUAAGAGCAAGCAAUUGAAGAGCAAGCAGUACUUGGACUUCGAUGUCAACUUCGCCGACUCCACCGCCAAGCCAAGAAAGUUCGACAACAACGGCCCAAGACGUGGUGGCAAGGCCAAGCCUGCUGCUAAGAACGCCGGUGAGAAGAAGCCUGCUGUCAACGCCAAGAACUUCCCAUCUUUGGCCUAA